AUGGCAAACCUGGAUUUGCGGAAGGAGCUGCGGAGCUUCGUGGGGCAGGUCUUGCGGGAAGGUGGCGACCCCUCCGGACGCAAAAAGGGCAAGGGCAAAGGGAAGUCUGGCAAAGGGCUUUCCAAGGGAGCCAAAGGAGGCAAAGGAGGCAAGGGUUCCAAGGGUGGCAAAGGCGGCAAAGGCGGCAAGGGCGGUAAGGGUGGCAAGGCCAAGGGCGCUGGCGGCAAAGGCCGCACGAUUGGCGAGUGGCCCACUGCCCGGCCCUCUAGACGGCUGCAGAGGCGCGAGCAGCGGAAGGAGAAGAAGGCGCGGCGGGCGCACUACUUCGGGCAACGCCCAGAUGAGGUGGAGAAUACGAAAGCCGGGCCAAAACCAAAGGCGAAGGCGGGAGCCGAAAGGCCCAGCAAAAGAGCUCGAAAGGAGGAGGAGGAUGAGGAAGUCACCUCAGAAGAAGAGGGCGAUCAUGAGGAGGGUGACACAAACCCACAGCAAAAGGAAGACGAAGGCGGCCAGGACUCUGAAGGUGCUGAGUCAGAGGAGCAGGUCAGCGAUGAGAGCGAACCUGAUGCCGAAGUUCCUGAUCAGGAUGCGGAUGAAGGCACCCCUAAAAAGGCAAGAACGGGUUCCUAUGUGCCGCCACAUCUGCGGGGCAAAGACGAGCUCCAAUCUCAGCGCCAGCUCCAGGGCAUACUGAACCGUGUCUCGGAAGGGAACUUGGAGCCGAGUUGCAACGAGAUUCUAAAGAUCUUGAGCCAACUGGUGCCAGAAGUGGGUUCCGUCAAGGCUGCGGGCAUGUUCAACGAGGCGCUGGUGCCCGCUGCAGUCACUGAUCCACACAUCUCGGUGCUUGUGCUGGGCUGCUUCGCUGCCUUGGUGGCCGCCUGCCACGUCAUAUUUGGACAGUCGUUUGGAGCUUCAGCUCUCACCAAGAGCGCGGAACUACUUCAGGACAAGUUCCAGUCUGCGGGGGCUGGUGUGGAUGAGCCAGAUGCCAUCAAUGCUGAUGCGCGCAUCACGAAGAACUGCGUGGUUUUUUGCAUGCUUUUCUUCAGCUUCGGCAUGCUGCCAGGGAGCGUAGUGUUUGACUUUGUACAGUUUGUGCUGAAAAAGCCAGUUGGAGAACUUUCGGUUGAGCUUGCCCUCACGAUCUUGCGAUACGGUGGUCGGCAAUUGCGGUCUGAGUGUCCAGAGGACUUCCGUGCAGUGCUGCGCUUUGCCUCCGCCGAAGCAAGUGCGGCCAGGGAAGCUGCGUCAGAAGGCUCUGAAAUGCAAUCUCGACUGGACUACCUGCUGAAAGAGUUGGCCGAUUUGAAGAACAACAAGGUAUCCUUUGCGGUCAUGGACCGCUUCAACCAGACCCGUGGCUGGCUGCAGUCGACGCCCGUGCUGAAGGGCCGCAAAGUGAGCGACCACGUUCUGCCGGUGCCUUUCCGGGUCCUUCACGAUGCGAUCCCCGGCAACUGGCCGCGGCUGCAGGAGACGGCUGGCGUCGUUCGCUCCCAGGUGAGGGCCGCAGCCGAUCCGCUGCGCGAGGCCGCCGUCGCGCAGCGUCUGACUUCAGAGCUGCGGCAGGGGCUCUUUGUGGCGCUCAUGGGCGCGGAGGACUGCGAAGAUGCGGUGGAGAGGCUGAUGACGGUGGCGUCGGUGAAGACCGGCCAUGCUGAGACGUGCAUUGUGCUAUUCCACUGCGCCGUGCGGGAGCAGAAGCCGAAUGCGUUCUAUGCUCAUGUGGCGAAUGCUCUCUGCAGCCAAGCCGCUCCGGCUGGCAAGCGCUUCUCCCAUGGCAUGAAGCGGGCAGCGGUACAGCACAUCCAGCAAGCUCACACCUACGGAGUUCGAGCAGCAGUUUGCCUGGCCGAGCUUUGUGCAGCCCUGAUGGUGUCCUCCAGCGUGGGACUGUCUUUGUCGGUCGUCCGCUUCACGCGCUUUGGGGAUGGUCAAGGCAUGCGCGGAGUUCUGGGGCUCUUCCUCAGGCACCUGGUUGAGUCGUUGCUGCUGCGAGCCAGCGGACAGGUCGAGUCUCUCUUCGCGCCGCUGCGAAAGUAUGAGGAUGUCCGCGAGGGCAUGCUGCUGAUCUUGGACGGACAGGUUCGCCCCCGGCUCCCUCCCCAGAAAAAGAACCCCGCGGCCUGGGAGAAUUUCCGGCUCGCGAGACGGGAGGUGACCAUGCGAGGAGCGGUGGACUAA